GUUGAAGAUAUAUAUACUGCCAAUGCCUCGUUACAACAUCCAUAUCAACAGCAACCACUACAAUUCCAAUAACAAUUCUACACUUUAAAACAAGAAGACAAUGUCUCAACCCCUCGUCCUCAUCACCGGCGCAAACCAAGGCAUCGGCCUAGCCACGGCCCAAAUCCUCGCCUCCAAGCACAACUACCACGUCAUCAUCGGCGCGCGCAACAAACACGCCGGCGAAGAGGUCGCUGCCUCGCUGCGCUCAGCCGGACACACAGCAUCUUCACUCGAACUAGAUCUGAACUCCGAGACCUCGAUUAAGAACGCAGUGGCCACCCUCGAGCGCGACUUCGGCUACCUCGACAUCCUAAUCAACAAUGCGGCCGUCCUAAUGGACCUGAACAAGGACCUGACACCCUGGGAACUCUACAGCAAGACAUUUACCCCGAAUGUGAUCGGUACCGGUGUACUCACGCACUAUGCCCUGCCUCUUAUCCGGAAGGCGAGGGCUACUCCACCGACAAUUAUCUUUGUCUCGAGCAGCAUGGGCAGUUUGACGUAUUCGUUUGAUAAGAGUGUGUUCUGGUACCCGGUUGACUAUAAAGCGUAUGAUGCGAGCAAGGCGGCGGUGAAUGUGCUUGUGGCAAACUAUCACCGGAUUCUGGAGGGUGAGGGGGGCAAGGUCAAUGCUGUUUGUCCGGGGCUGGUGAAGACGAAUUUGUCGGGGUAUAUGGAGGCUGGAUCGACGCCUGAGGUUGGGGCUACCAGGAUCGUGGAGCUGGCAACUGCUGGGGAGAAGGGCGAGUCUGGGACUUUUACGGAUCGGAAUGGGACUGUGCCUUGGUAGCAGGUAGUAUAGAUCUAUAUCUGGGAUCUGUUUGUG